GAACAGCGAAUCGACAAGACGCGACAAGACACGACAAGACGCGACAAGAUGUGGCGACUUGUUCUGACCGCGUUUCUGCUGGGUUCUCUGGCGGUGACUUCGGCUCAGAUCACCCCAGUGACCAAUGCUGCCUUCUACCCGUACGGACCCGGUACUGCAGACAUUCUGGACCCGGCCGCUGACGACAGCACAUCGGGAGCUCAGGCCCUCAGCACCGCUUUCCCGUUCUUUGGAGGUUCCUUCAAUGAACUUUACGUCAAUACCAACGGUGACAUCUCCUUUGGAGGCGCGGUAACAAGUUACACACCCACUCCGUUUCCAGUGACGAACAACAGGGUCCUCGCCGUUUAUUUCACGGACGUCAAGACAAGCUACUCAACCCGGGCUGGUUACAUUUACCAUCGGGAAACAACCGACGCUGCUAUAUUAACCAGGGCAACCAGCGACAUCCAGACAGCCUUCCCCACCAGUCAAGGAAGCUUCGUGGCGACCUGGGUCUACAUCGCGACCUGGCACGAAGUUGGGCUGUAUGGCGCAAGCGGAGACGGUGUUAAUCUUAGAAACACGUUUCAACUGGUGCUGAUCACGGAUGGCUGCAAGUCCUUCACCCUGUUUAACUACGACCGGAUCGACUUCUUACAAGGGAGUACCAACGACGGAGAUGGAACUACUGGUACUGGACCGAACCCUGCGCAGGUUGGGAUCAACGGAGGGGAUGGGAUCCACUUUUCCCUUCACCCGUACUCCAGGACCACUGAUCUGUACGACCUGCCAACAUGGGUCGAUCCGGGUCCGGAGACACCGGGACCUGCCGGACGUUGGUAUCAGAGGACUGACCUGGCUCUGGUCGGAGACGGCCCAGUACUAACCUGCCCCUCCGGGUGGCGUAUGCGUGGUGACAUCUGCCUCAGGCUGAACCACAGGCCCGCUGAUUAUCCCACUGCAAAAUCGGUCUGCGAGGAAAACGGGGCGGGAAUCUGGAACAUCCGCAGCCAGGAGGACAACGAGUGGCUGGUCGGACACCUCACUAGCUACCUCGGCCGCACUGGGAAAGGACGCGGUGUGUGGAAUGGCCUGACGGAUGAAGAGACCGAAGGCGCGUGGAUGUGGGCGGACGGAACCGCGUAUGACUCAAGUGGCUACUCCAACUGGGCUGAGAAUGCCGUGGACGUUAACAACGGGUUUCGGAACUGUGUCUACAUGGACAAGGGUUUAGGUUGGCAGUGGUUCGUCCAGAGGUGCGAGAGCACAAAGGAGAGGCAUGCUUUCAUCUGUGCAAAGCCUGGUGAAGCCGAUGAACCCGAAUGCACCCCUUAAACAUCUCAAAAUUUGUCAACAGCCUUGUAGGUUAUGAAACAAGUUUGAACUGCAAUUUCCAACACAAGAAAUUAAACUUACCGAAAGUUUUGACUGUACAACUUCAGUCUUUGUCAAGGAAUGGGCAAUCCACCGCUUCGGUGAUGUCACGCAGAUAACACACGUGACUCCGUGAGCAGUGGAUCGUAGGUUGCAGAAAGGUCGGUUGGGUAAGUCCAACUUCUUGUGUUGGAAAUUGCAGUUCAAACUUGUUUCAUAAUGACUUCUACCAACGCAAUCUAAGUAAAUCGGGACUUAAUUUUCCUUAAACAUGGCUGAAGGAGUUAGUCGGAAAGUCCCAGUUUACUGACGCGUUAGAAAACAACUUGACAAGGCUGAUGACAAAACCAUUGCGGACAACUAUUCCGUUUCAAAGUAUCGGUGUAAAACAUAGCCUUGUGAGCAGGAUGCUAAAAUACCUUGCAGGCUCAAACUACGAUCGUGCCAUAUAUACCGAAGACUCUCAAAUGGUAACACACAGCUUUCUCUGCUAAGCAUUUUAGGGAAAGAGCAAUUGGGCUCACUACAAGUGGAGUAGCCCCCU